AUGGCAUUUGUUGUUAUGGAGACAUUUUUCAUUUCGGAAAGGAUCAUGAUCAACUCCACACAGGUUUCAUAUUUCAUACUCACUGCCUAUUUUGACACUGGAGUUUUUAAAUAUGUAUACUUUAUGAUCAUUAUAUCUUUAUACAUGUUGAUAGUUGGUUCCAAUGUGUUUCUCAUUGUGGUUAUCUGCAUGAACAGAAGCUUACAUGAACCUAUGUACCUUUUCCUGUGCAGCCUGUUUGUAAAUGAACUGUAUGGUAGUACAGGGUUGUUUCCAUUCCUUCUGCUUCAGAUCCUCUCUGACAUUCACACUGUUUCUAAACCUUUUUGCUUCCUGCAGAUUUUUUGUUUGUGCUCUUACGGGAAUGUAGAAUUUUUCAACUUAGCCAUCAUGUCGUAUGACAGAUAUCUUGCUAUCUGUUAUCCUCUGCAAUAUAACACACAGAUGUCACCUCAUAAGAUAAGAAUACUUAUUGCUGUAACAUGGCUGUUCUCUUUUCUUCCAAUUAUUGCUUUGGUAUGUUUGAGUGCUACUUUACAGCUGUGUGGAAACAUUAUUAACAAUAUUUACUGUGGAAACUACCCCAUUGUUAAACUGGCAUGCUCUGACACCAGAGUCAAUAACAUAUGUGGACUCAUUUAUACUGUUAUUUCAAUCUGUGUUCCUCUGAUUUUAAUUCUUUACACGUACUUAAAGAUUCUUAGAGUUUGUUUUUCUGGUAGUAAACAGACCAGACAGAAAGCUGUCAGUACCUGCACACCUCACCUUGUUUCCCUGCUCAACUUCUCUUUUGGAUGUUGUUUUCAAAUAUUACAGAGCAGGUUUGAUAUGAGCAGAGUACCAAAUGUUCUGCGAGUAUUUCUGUCUUUAUAUUUUGGAAUACUGCAACCACUUUUGAUUCCCAUCAUGUAUGGGAUGCAAAUGUCAAAAAUAAGAAAUACAUGUAAACAAGUCUUCCGUUGA